GUAAAACGAUCAAGGAGUAAGGGUGGUUUGGCUGGCCCUGAUGGUACCAAGUCUGUUUUUGGUCAAAUGUGUGCUAAAAUGAGUUCAUUUAGUCCAGACAGCCUCCUCCUACCUCAUCGGGUGUGGAAAGUCAAAUUUGUUGGUGAGUCUGUGGAUGAUUGUGGAGGUGGUUAUAGUGAGUCAAUAGCAGAAAUGUGUGAAGAACUUCAGAAUGGACUUACUCCUCUCCUAAUUGUAACUCCAAAUGGCAGAGAUGAAUCGGGAGCCAAUAGAGAUUGCUUCUUAUUGAACCCAGCAGCCAAAUCUUCCUUGCAUACAAAUAUGUUUCGUUUCCUGGGUGUGUUACUAGGCAUUGCCAUUCGAACUGGGAGUCCAUUAAGCCUCAACCUUGCCGAACCUGUCUGGAAGCAACUUGCAGGAAUGAACCUUACAAUUGCUGAUCUCAGUGAGGUUGAUAAAGACUUUAUUCCUGGAUUAAUGUACAUCCGGGACAAUGAAGCUACUUCUGAGGAGUUUGAAGCAAUGAGCCUUCCCUUCACAGUGCCAAGUGCAAGUGGUCAGGAUAUUCAGUUGAGCUCUAAAUAUACUCAUAUUACACUGGAUAACCGUGCUGAAUAUGUUAGAUUGGCAAUAAAUUACAGGCUCCAUGAAUUUGAUGAACAAGUUGCUGCAGUUCGGGAAGGGAUGGCUCGAGUUGUCCCUGUUCCUCUUCUUUCACUCUUUACUGGAUAUGAAUUGGAAACUAUGGUAUGUGGAAGUCCUGAUAUUCCACUUCAUCUUCUGAAAUCUGUCGCAACAUAUAAAGGAAUUGAACCUACUGCUUCUUUGAUCCAGUGGUUCUGGGAAGUCAUGGAGUCCUUCUCUAAUACAGAGCGCUCUCUCUUUCUCCGUUUUGUGUGGGGCAGAACACGACUUCCUAGAACAAUUGCUGAUUUCAGAGGCAGAGACUUUGUUAUUCAGGUUUUGGAUAAGUACAACCCACCUGACCACUUCCUUCCAGAAUCAUAUACAUGCUUCUUUUUGUUGAAGUUACCCAGGUAUUCCUGUAAACAAGUACUAGAGGAAAAACUGAAAUAUGCUAUUCAUUUUUGCAAGUCUAUAGACACUGAUGAUUAUGCACGGAUAGCUCUCACAGGAGAACCAGCUGCUGAUGACAGCAGUGAUGAUUCAGAUAAUGAAGAUGCAGAUUCAUUUGCGUCGGACUCUACCCAAGAUUAUUUAACAGGACACUGAAAUGAAAAAUAUAUUGUCAUAAGACAUCAGGUCAUGUCAAACACUGAAGAAGAAAGCCAUUAUUGGCAUUCUGCUGCAGGACUGUUUGGAGUGCUUGAGUACCAGUCGUGUAUAACAAAGGAAUAGUAGUCUUCUAAACAUGGGACAGGGAGAGUGGGUUGUUUGUUCACAAUAGGAAUAAUGGUUUAUAACCGAUAAAUCAGCUUUGAGCAAAUGGCACUGUAUAUGGACACUUAACAUUCAGUUGGAAAGGUGAGAUUCACCUCUCCCCCCUCAUUAUGCUGCAUUAUAUUUAGAACUUUUGUGUUUACUAAAGUGUUGUAAAUGUUUAUAUAAAUAUGGUAGUGCAGCAUCCCCCAAAUAAGGAAGUGAAACAUUUUUGAUUGUGGGUGCAAUAGAUUUUUUUUCUUAUUAAGUGUUGUACUGUGCAUCUUCUUGAUUGUAUAUUGGAAAUAUUGUGCAACUAUUGAAUAGUAUUAUAAAUAUUUUGAUUAACUUUACUAGAAGUUUGUUUAUUAAAACUUUUUGAACAUUAAAUUAUCAGUAUUCCUUGAAAUACAUCCAGAGGUUAUUAAAUAAUAAAAAAGACCAUUUGGUUCUCACUCCUCUCCCCAUGUGUAUAUUUUAGCUUAUGUAUUAUGUAUCUUAAAUUGAUACCUUUCUGUGAACAGCAUCCUAACUUUUAUCAUGGAAAGUGUACUGUAUAUAAUUAAUUUGUGCCAUGUAUAUGCAAAAAUUAUUAUUCCCUUCAAAUAAACCAUCUG